AUGGCACGACGGGGAUGCGGAGUAUUGUUGGAGCGCCUGGUCGUCUUUAUUGUUUCCUUGGCUCUCACUAUGUAUUCUUCUUCCGCACAGCUGCGAUACUCUAUUCCCGAAGAGCUUACGGUGGGUUCUGUUGUUGGAAAUAUCGCUAAAGAUUUAGGGCUGGAUCAGAGUGCUUUGCAUGCUAGAGGAUUUCGCAUCGUUUCUGGAUCGACUGAACCCCUGUUUCAACUCAACAGCAACGGCAUAGUACACGUUAACAGAAAAAUAGACCGAGAAGAGGUGUGUGAACGGAUAUCCACCUGUAUUCUGAACAUAAAGACUGUGCUGGAGAAUCCCUUAGAGGUCCACUAUGUCGGCAUUGAGGUUUUAGAUGUAAAUGACCACUCUCCCACCUUCACGGACAACCAGACGCAUUUAGAGAUAUCCGAAUCUGCUUUACCUGGGGCGCGAUUUCAGCUACAAGGCGCCCGUGAUCCAGACAGCGACAUGUUUUCUGUUCAACAAUAUAAGCUCAGUCAAAAUGACCAUUUUCGUUUGGAGGUUAAGGAUAGAGAAGAGGAUGGCAAAAUUCCUGUUUUGUUUUUACAUAAAGCGCUGGACAAAGAGGCUGCGCGAAGUCACAGAUUGCUGCUGACAGCAGUUGAUGGAGGAAAACCCGCUAGAUCAGGGACGAUGGAAAUUAUUGUUAAUGUUUUGGAUGUGAAUGAUAAUAUGCCGGUUUUUGCCAGAGACUCAUACACUGCUGUACUUGAUGAAAAUUCCCCAAUUGGCACAACUAUCAUACAAGUAAAUGCCACAGAUUUAGAUGAUGGUUUAAAUGGGGAGGUGGUUUAUUCAUUUGGGAGUAAUGUAAAUAAGAAAUUACGUCAACUUUUUGAAGUCGAUAGCAAUACAGGUGAAAUUAUUGUGAAAGGGCCCAUAGACUAUGAAGAAAAAGACCGAUAUCAAAUUGAUAUUAAAGCUUCUGAUAAAGGGACAGCCCCCCUGGCAACAGAAAAAAGUGUUAAAAUAACUAUUGUGGACUUAAAUGACAACACACCUGAAAUUGAGGUGACAUCCUUUUCAAGUGCAGUCCCUGAGGACUCCAAACCAGGAAGGACAGUAGCACUGAUAAGUGUGAAUGAUAAAGAUUCAGGUGUCAAUGGAAAGGUGAUGUGUUCUGUAAGUGAAGGUGUACCUUUCACAUUAACGCCUUCAUUACAAGAAAAUAUGUACUCUUUAGUCACCAAGUCACUGCUGGAUAGAGAGCAUCAACCGAAGUAUGACAUUAGAAUUGUUGCAAAAGAUGCUGGUAACCCGCCAUUGUCAUCUCACAGGAUAAUAAGUGUGACAAUAUCAGAUGUGAAUGACAACAGUCCAGAGUUUUCAACAAACCCAUAUAUGUUUUAUGUGACUGAAAACAAGGCUGCUGGAGGAUCUUUAUUUUCUGUCAGUGCUCAUGAUUGUGAUGAGGGAGAUAAUGCCCAUAUAUCAUAUAAUAUUAUGAGGAAUGCUGAUGAAAAAUUGACAUCAUUUCUAAGUAUAAACCCUGAAAAUGGAGAAAUUGUGGCACUGAAAAGUUUUGAUUUUGAAACGCUGAAAACUUUCCAGUUCCAAGUUGUUGCCUCAGAUUCUGGAACUCCAUUACUAAGCAACAAUGUCACAGUCAACGUCUUCAUACUGGAUCAGAACGAUAAUGCCCCAGUCAUCCUGUAUCCACUCAGCUCCAACGGUUCUGCUCAAGGUGUGGAGGAGAUUCCCCGAAACGUCAACACAGGACACUUGGUGACUAAAGUCAGAGCCUAUGAUGCUGAUAUAGGAUAUAACGGCUGGUUGCUCUUUUCACUGCAGGAAGUGACUGACCACAGUCUCUUUGCUUUGGACCGCUAUACAGGACAGAUCAGAACACUUCGCUCAUUCACAGAGACAGACGAGGCUGAGCAUAAACUGGUAAUACUGGUCAAAGACAACGGCAAUGUUUCUCUCUCAGCAACAGCUACUGUGAUUGUCAAACUUGUGGAGCCCAAAGAAGCUUUUGCAGCGUCAGAUGUUAAAAGUGCAGCAAAAGAUGAUGAGGACAGUAAUGUCAUAUUUUACCUCAUGAUAACUUUGGGUGCAGUUUCUGUACUUUUUCUCGUCAGUAUCAUCGUGCUGAUUGCGAUGCAGUGCUCCAAAUCCACAGACUAUACUUCUAAAUAUCUGCCAGAGACUAAUUAUGAUGGGACACUGUGUCACAGCAUCCAGUACAGAUCAGGAGAGAAGCGGUACAUGUUAGUUGGACCCAGAAUGAGUAUAGGAUCUACUAUAGUUCCCGGUAGCCAUGCAAAUACACUUGUGCUUCCAGAUAGGAGACGCACAUCUGAAGAGGGCACAUUCUCCCUUAUUGCUCCAGCUUUGUAUGAGGACGCCGCCACUCACAUUGAGAUGCACAUCCAAUAUCACAUCACCGAUAUCACAUACUGUGUCUAA